AUGAGCCAGGUUGCGAUGAUGAACUACAUGCUGAUAUGCAGGCGGCGUACCCUGAUGAACAUAAAUACACUUACUUUAACGAUGAGAGUGACAUUAUCAGUGUCCACCAGUCGAGCACCGGUAGUUUGGCUAUAGGAACGUCUGGUAUUAACAUUACAUGUGAGGAGGCGUGUAAGGCUGGCUAUUCAUCAUGUUCUGCACAUUGUGCCGAUGUGACCACGUUACUUGCCAGUGUCAAUAUAUCAAAGGCGUGUAAUUUCUACGGAGGAUUCGAUCAUAAGGAUCAGGCUAAAUUUAAAAUAUAUAUGCAACAACACGAAGAAAUUAAGGCUGAAUGUCGCAUUGGUGUUAGCAUGGGUACGCCGCCUGCAUAUCAGCAUGUAGUUCAUCAUCGCAACCUGCCUUACCUACAUCGGCAGGCGUUUGUCAAACAGCCUGUUCAACGGGUUAUGGCGUAUAGUAUAUGUCAUAAACCGAAACUGAGUCCUAAUAAUAUACCCAACAAUAGGCUAAACAUAGACAUCAUUGCGGUUAUGGAUGAGUAU